AUGGUCACUAACCACCAAGUACUCUUCAACAAGCCGCAGCCCACCGGCCUGCCCAAGCCGGGCGAGACCACCACCCGAGGCUCAGCCGAGCUCGACCUCGACAAUGCCCCUCUCAACGGCGGCGUCCUCACUCGCAACAUCGCCAUCUCGCUCGACCCGACCAUGCGCAACCGCAUGAAGGGCGACAUCGGCUACUUUGCGCCCCCGUACGUCCCCGGCAAGCCCGUCACUGCUAUCGGUAUUGCUGAAGUAGUUCGCUCCGAAGUCGACGGCUUUGCGGCCGGCGACGUUGUCUUCGCAUGGUCGACUGGCAUCGAGGAGUACACCAUCCACACGGCCGAAUCGGCCGCGACAUUCCGCAAGUUCGACCCGGCUCAGCUGUCCAACGGCCUGUCGAUCACCACCUACCUGGGCGCAGCGGGCAUGACGGGCAUGACCGCCUACAUGUCGCUCAAAGAAAUCAUCGGCGACCUCAAGCCAGGAAACAAGAUGUUCGUUUCCGGUGCGGCCGGUGCUGUCGGCCAGCUUGUCGUUCAGCUUUGCCACCAGGCGGGAGUCAAAGUCAUCGCCUCUGCCGGCUCGGACGAGAAGUGCGAGUUCGUCCGCUCCCUCGGCGCCGACGAAACCAUCAACUACAAGACGGAGGACCUCCGCGCCAAGCUUAAAGCCUUUGCGGGAGAGACAGGCAUCCACUACUACUUCGACAAUGUCGGAGGCGAACAGCUCGAGGCGUACAUCGACAACGCCGCCCGCUACGGCAUCAUCGUUGCCUGUGGUUACAUCAGCGGCUACAACGCCGACAAGCCCGAAGAUGUCGUCUACCCCAAGAACCUGUUCAACGUGGUCGUCAAGGAGUUGAAGUACCAGGGCUUCCUGGUCAGCUCGUAUCUGCCCAAGUGGCUUGGCCAGUUCAUGCAGGAGAUGCCCAAGAUGCUUGCCGAGGGCAAGAUCAAGACCCGCGAGGACAUCACUUUUGGCGUGUAUGGCGCUGAGGAUGCCUUCUUGCGCCUGUUUACCGGCGAGAACUCAGGCAAGGUUGUCGUGCUCAUCGAUACCGAGAGGGCGGAAAAGUGGAACUUGAGCAAGCAGAUGGAGGGCGCAAAGGUUUGGAAGUAG